GACGGAAUGCGCGAGCUCUGAAGAUGCUGCGUGAUGCUGAGUGAUUUAUGGAACCCUGGUGAGAACCCUGUGUCGAGCUGAGAGCCUGAACUCACGCGCUCUGUCUUGGGCGUGAACCUACACACACACACACACACACACACACGCACACGUCGGCGGCACGUUAGAGGGUGUCGAGACAAGACAGGGUUCGGGCAACGCACGCGCCCGUCGGUGCGUUUAAGCGCGCGCCACUCGUAUCAGAAGCCGCCCCUCCUUUUUCUCUCCCCGGCGACGCCGUGCUUGAGCGUCAACAAACACAUUCAAAUAUGUGAAUAAGCAGCGGGCCUUGUCUUCUCUCAUCAGGAUACGACCGUAAGGACUCUUUUUUUGGUACAUCAUUCUCUUAUAUAUACAUAUAUAUGUCAGCGGGAUGCACGCGGCGACCGACUGCUGUUUUAUCGCAGGCCUGAGUGGAGAAUGAGAGUGUGUGGCUCGACGUGACCACUUGUGCCUAUGGGGCUGGCAUGAUUGGUCCGGCUAGCUGGCAGCGGCGGGAUUAUGCUGACGUGCGUCCAGCAUGACUCCGCUGGACCUGUGGCUCUCGCGCUCCAUCCCCAUGUGCCUCCUGCUGCAGAGCCUGGUGCUCAUGGCCCUCUGCUUCCCAUCGGCCAGCAUGUGCCCCAAAGGAUGCGUGUGUCAGCGGUCCGAGUACCCGCCCUAUGGUCUCAACGUAACCUGCAGCCUGGCAGAGCUCAAGGAGAUCCCGACAGACCUGCCUGCAGAUACGGUGCUCCUCCAACUGGAUCGCAACCAAAUCCAUGCUGUGCCUGAGCGCGCCUUCCAGGAGCUGAGGAUGUUACGCAGGCUGAACCUGUCCCAUAAUUCAGUGGAGACGCUAGGCGAGAGUGCUUUUGUUGGCCUGGAGUCCUCACUGGAGCUUCUCGACUUGUCACACAAUCGCAUUGUCAGCGUGCACAAGGAUGCAUUCGCACGGCUAAAGGCACGCGUACUGGUGCACGACAACCCAUGGCACUGCGACUGUGCGUUGCAGCAGGCUCUCGGUGGCAUGGCACACAAUCAUGAAGCGGCUGCACGCGUCCUAUGUCGCAGCUCUGAGCUGAGGGACCAGGAGGGACGUCCGUUCCUGGCAGUGGACGCCGAUUUGUGCAACCUGGCCAGGCGCACCACCGACUACGCCAUGCUCGUGACCAUGUUCGGCUGGUUCGCCAUGGUCAUCUCCUAUGUCGUCUACUACGUCAGGCAGAACCAGGAGGAUGCACGGCGCCACCUGGAGUACCUCAAGUCUCUACCGAGCAAACCCAGGAAGCCAGACGAACCAGAGGACAUCAGCACAGUGAUGUGACGUCAUUGUUUACGCCAAAUAGGCCUUGACUAAGCGGGUGGAAAUUAAGGGGCGAAAUUUCUGAUUUCGGAGAGCAAUUCAACCUUAUUCAAGCUAAGACACCAACCAUAGAUGUAGUCUAAUACUUAACAUGUGUCUUCUCUUUUUCCAGUUGUGCAUUACAGCUACAAAGUAUUUAGGUCAGAUUUGUAAUACUUUUCCUAACUCUUCCUGUGUCCACAAGAGAUUUUAACUUUAAAGGUGGCAUUAGUAUAAUAAUUGCUAGCUCUUUAAAAAGGAGAUGGUGUAAAUGUCCUGAUUCAGACAUUGGAACGAGUGGUUUUAUGUUCCAGCUGGUAAAAUGCAAUCAAAAGUGUAUAUCGUCGCUGUCGGGCGGAAACCUCGUAUGUCCAAAUUUGGUCAAUUUCAGAUUUUUUCACAUAUCGAUGCUAUUGGUCAGUCCCCACGUGGGUCUGUUAUUUUUACAAGUUAUUAACCAAUCUAAAGUCUUGAAAAUAGCUUGAGCGCAAAUCUCAUAACUCCAUUGGACACUUCAAUUGUCCACCUCUUCCUCACUCCACGGGAGAGCUUCGCGGCAUAUUUCUCCUCAAGAAGAGUCGCAACGAAUCAACACGUCUUCUGAGGUAAAUGUCUUCAAAACACUGGGCUCAAAGAAAAAAAAAUCUUGACCCCCGCUAGUUCUGGUGCUCGUCUGAGGACAGGAAUUUAGCGCAAGACAAUCCACUGCAACGUGGACUAAACCCUGUGCACUGCAGAUAAGGUACGGCGUUUUUUUAAUUUCCUGAUAAAUAACGGUUUUGGAGAUACAAGGUUUCCGCCUGACAGCGACGAUAUAAUACUCUACCCAUAUCUAUAAACAGUUGUUAAACACCUUUAUGACCAGUACAGGUAUUUUGGUAUUCCGAUCUCAGGUUUAAAUGUCGAGAUGACUUUUAAAACCCCAAAAGUGUUUUGUUUUGAAUUUCAAUAGGAAACUUAUUCAAGUGGCUUAUUCUUCUAACAAAUGGAUAUACAUGAUAUUGUUCAGGAUGUGGUGUUUAAAAACGCAUGAAAAACAUUUUUGAUUCCCUUUAAACUCCAUAGACUUUAUUAGCUAAUUGAUAAUCAAAGAAGAAAAGGGCAUAGCGCUUCGGAAACUGAAAUUUGGACGUUUCUUCCAACCUUCUGAAAAAGGUCAUGUUUACGUAAUCUCCAUUACCUCACUGUUGUUAAUCUGUGCUUGUUGAGCAGUGUAAUCCUAGAGUGUCAAUGUUGAUUUCUUUGUGCUCCAGAGAGCGUUAGCAGUGACACAGAGUCAAUAUUUUUUGUCUUGGGUCUUCACAGGCUGGCAGCCAGGCUCGUUAUUGGUGUCUCUAAUAUCCCUCAUGUAUACAACAGCCAUCAUCAACUUCAUAUUAGCCAUCAAUAUUAUGAACAAAGUGGCUGGAAUGAGUAAUGUGUUUCCAUGAAAUGAAAUGCAAAAACGAAACCUCCGGCUCAGACAACGAUUUCCAUAUUCCUUCCCCCGUUCUGGAGGUGAGACCCGCAUAGUAAUUAUGGGAUAUCAUAAGAAGAACGAUGAGGGCAAUAUGGUCAGUCUGUCUAACAUCAUCCUGUGCGUACAGUAAUUUAACCAGCCAAAUGUGAACAGCUAAUUGCAGCUGUCAGUCUCCUGAUGGGCCAUACUCACUGCCACCGUAAUGGUCCAGCAAACCAGGAAUCAACAAAUGACACAAUUCUGAUAUAAUAGGUAUAUAACUCAGUUUCCUCCUCUCUACACCCUCAGAAAAUAAGCAUACUAAGCUGUACCUUUUCUUGUCACAUUGGUGCUACUUUCCAAGAUACAUCUUUUGUUCAUUUGGUCUAGGUUCUCAUUACCUGGUUGAAGUGGCACAAAUCCAGUUUUUGGCUUUCAUCUAAUGCAGAUUUGAUUGACACAAAAAUUUGAUGUUUUCAAAUCAGACCCAGUUGUGAAUGAGACAAUUGUUGGCUUUUCCUUGAUGUUCACUCAGUGAUGAGUGAUGAAUGAAAGCAGCAAGAAAUGUGUGACAUAUUUAAGAAUAUUUCAGGAAAUUAAUUGACUGCUAUUGAACCCAAGUAGUUUUUGAAACAAUUGCCUAAGAAAUGGCAAAACAUGGCCCAAAGAAAAAUGAACGUGGCUACAAUGCCAAAGAAUCACACUCCCAUAUAAAUACUCUGUGAAUCCCUCCACAGCGCGGUCCCAGCAUCGCUGGCUCCUGUCCCGUACCCACACAUCUCUCGGCACAGCAGUGUCAGUAAUAGCUGCAAAAACAGCAAAAGCUAGCCAUCUGGCUCUUUUUCGCCUUCUCAACCUGAUCAUGUGCAGCUGCCGAGCUGUAUCCUGACCCCCCCCCAAAGCAAAGAGACGCAGGUUUGGGCUACUAGCGUAUUCAUUUGUUGCUUCCACUACGAUAAAAUGUGUCACAAAUAUCACUUUGUUCUAUGUGACGUAUGUGAAUCGAUUAAAAUUGAUGUGCGUUUAAAAACCGUUACACAAUUACUGAUGUGAACCAAAUGUCAACCGUUAUGACGGAUCCAGUCUGAGGAAAAACAUCUCAGAUGUGCAGCGAAUGUAACCUCAAUAAGUAACUUUUACCUAGAAUUCUGCAUGUAGUGUACCACUUAAAAAAAACUAAUUACAGUCCAUUUAUGUAGCUUAAAUCAACUAAAGGUAUAUUACUGUAUAUCCACAUAACCAGGUAAAAGGUACAUAUUGAAAGCACAAAAGAUGUACCCUUGAUGGUUCCACCCACCAACAAAGAAAAGUACUAUCUUUCUGAGAGGGUUUUUAGCUACGAGGUGCUUUAAGCAUAAUCCUUUCAAUACAAUACAAGUCUUAAUUGAUUGUGCUUACAGUUCUAUACUGUGUUUUUAGAGUUAAUACCGGUGUGAAGAGGACGGAGGAAGGAGAUCCCUUUAAAGCAUUGUUGUUGAAUGUCUGUUGCCUUGCCUUGCAGAAGAAGUUCCACAUACAUAUACACACACCGUGUAGUGCUUAAGAGUGACAGGAGCUGCCGUUCAAUGCAUAAUCCACAAUGAAGCAUGGUGUAGCCAAGGACUCGGGAGAUUUUUAUAAGUGCCUGAAAUAACUCGUCUUUCAAUAUCCCGUUUAACUGUCAGCCAUACAUUCUGUCAUUCCUGAUUUACGCUCAGCUGAUUCAUGCAUGCAGGCCUUAGGGACAGUUUCUUCUUUCCAAAUGUUUUCUACACAGACACUACAAGAGUAAAGGCUGAAGAAGAAUCGUAGAGUGGCAUGUGGAGUUAAUAGCUUCAGCUUCAUUCCCAUCAGAAGAUUAUGGAAGAAAGAAUGGAUUGCAAUGUAAUUUAUUUAUUUUUUUUCAUUCCUGUCUUACAAUUUCAUUUCCCAAAUAUAAUUUUUUCUACCUGGUAAACAUCAGCCUGUCUUCUGUUUUAAAGUAGUAAUCUGAUUUUGAAGACCUGAACACUGAAUACUACAGAUGGUACAUCACAUUAGAAGUGCAUGUAGAGGAGAAAAUGAAAUAAUAAAAAAACUCUGGCUUGGGGGAA